GGCAGUGUGUUCCUCUCGCCCUGUCAAUAAUCUCCGCUCCCAGACUACUCCGUUCCUCCGGAUUUCGAUCCCCCUUUUUCUAUCUGUCAAUCAACGCCGCCUUUGAACUGAAAAGCUCUCAGUCUAACUUCAACUCACUCAAAUCCGAGCGGCACGAGCACCUCCUGUAUCUUCGGCUUCCCCCCCCUUUGCUCUUUAUAUCUGACUUCUUGUUGUUGUUGGUGUUUUUUUUUUUACCCCCCUUUUUUAUUUAUUAUUUUUUGCACAUUGAUCGGAUCCUUGGGAACGAGAGAAAAAAGAAACCCAAACUCACGCGUGCAGAAGAUCUCCCCCCCCUUCCCCUCCCCUCCUCCCUCUUUUCCCCUCCCCAGGAGAAAAAGACCCCCAAGCAGAAAAAAAGUUCACCUUGGACUCGUCUUUUUCUUGCAAUAUUUUUUUUGGGGGGCAAAACUUUUUGAGGGUGAUUUUUUUUUUUGGCUUUUCUUCCUCCUUCAUUUUUCUUCCAAAAUUGCUGCUGGUGGGUGAAAAAAAAUGCCGCAGCUGAACGGCGGUGGAGGGGAUGACCUAGGCGCCAACGACGAACUGAUUUCCUUCAAAGACGAGGGCGAACAGGAGGAGAAGAGCUCCGAAAACUCCUCGGCAGAGAGGGAUUUAGCUGAUGUCAAAUCGUCUCUAGUCAAUGAAUCAGAAACGAAUCAAAACAGCUCCUCCGAUUCCGAGGCGGAAAGACGGCCUCCGCCUCGCUCCGAAAGUUUCCGAGAUAAAUCCCGGGAAAGUUUGGAAGAAGCGGCCAAGAGGCAAGAUGGAGGGCUCUUUAAGGGGCCACCGUAUCCCGGCUACCCCUUCAUCAUGAUCCCCGACCUGACGAGCCCCUACCUCCCCAACGGAUCGCUCUCGCCCACCGCCCGAACCCUCCAUUUUCAGUCCGGCAGCACACAUUACUCUGCGUACAAAACGAUUGAACACCAGAUUGCAGUUCAGUAUCUCCAGAUGAAAUGGCCACUGCUUGAUGUCCAGGCAGGGAGCCUGCAGAGUAGACAAGCCCUCAAGGAUGCCCGGUCCCCAUCGCCGGCACACAUUGUCCAGAGCCCCCUCCCUUGCUGCACUCAGGGACAUGACUGUCAGCACUUCUACCCCCCCUCAGACUUCACUGUCAGCACUCAAGUCUUCAGGGACAUGAAAAGGAGCCACUCCUUACAAAAAGUUGGGGAGCCCUGGUGUAUUGAGUCGAACAAAGUGCCAGUGGUGCAGCACCCUCACCAUGUCCACCCCCUCACGCCUCUUAUCACGUACAGCAAUGAACACUUCACGCCGGGAAACCCACCUCCACACUUACCAGCCGACGUAGACCCCAAAACAGGAAUCCCACGGCCUCCGCACCCUCCAGAUAUAUCCCCGUAUUACCCGCUAUCGCCUGGCACCGUAGGACAAAUCCCCCAUCCGCUAGGAUGGCAAGGUCAACCAGUGUACCCAAUCACGACAGGAGGAUUCAGACACCCCUACCCCACAGCUCUGACUGUCAAUGCUUCCAUGUCCAGGUUCCCUCCCCAUAUGGUCCCACCACAUCAUACGCUACACACGACGGGCAUUCCGCAUCCGGCCAUAGUCACACCAACAGUCAAACAGGAAUCUUCCCAGAGUGACGUCGGCUCACUCCAUAGCUCAAAGCAUCAGGACUCCAAAAAGGAAGAAGAAAAGAAGAAGCCCCACAUAAAGAAACCUCUUAAUGCAUUCAUGUUGUAUAUGAAGGAAAUGAGAGCAAAGGUCGUAGCUGAGUGCACGUUGAAAGAAAGCGCUGCCAUCAACCAGAUCCUUGGGCGGAGGUGGCACGCACUGUCCAGAGAAGAGCAAGCGAAAUACUAUGAGCUGGCCCGGAAGGAGCGACAGCUUCAUAUGCAGCUGUACCCCGGCUGGUCCGCGCGGGAUAACUAUGGAAAGAAGAAGAAGAGGAAAAGGGACAAGCAGCCGGGAGAGACCAAUGAACACAGCGAAUGUUUCCUAAAUCCUUGCCUUUCACUUCCUCCGAUUACAGACCUGAGCGCUCCUAAGAAAUGCCGAGCGCGCUUUGGCCUUGAUCAACAGAAUAACUGGUGCGGCCCUUGCAGGAGAAAAAAAAAGUGCGUUCGCUACAUACAAGGUGAAGGCAGCUGCCUCAGCCCACCCUCUUCAGAUGGAAGCUUACUAGAUUCGCCUCCCCCCUCCCCCAACCUGCUAGGCUCCCCUCCCCGAGACGCCAAGUCACAGACUGAGCAGACCCAGCCUCUGUCGCUGUCCCUGAAGCCCGACCCCCUGGCCCACCUGUCCAUGAUGCCUCCGCCGCCUGCCCUCCUGCUCACCGAGGCCACCCACAAGGCCUCCGCCCUCUGUCCCAACGGGGCCCUGGACCUGCCCCCAACCGCUUUGCAGCCUGCCGCCCCCUCCUCAUCAGUUGCACAGCCGUCAACUUCUUCCUUACAUUCCCACAGCUCCCUGGCCGGGACCCAGCCCCAGCCGCUGUCGCUCGUCACCAAGUCUUUAGAAUAGCUUUAGCGUCGUGAACCCCAGUUGCUUUGUUUAUGGUUUUGUUUCACUUUUCUUUAUUUGGCCCCCCUCCUCCCCACCUUGAAAGGUUUUGUUUUGUACUCUCUUAAUUUUGUGCCACGUGGCUACAUUAGUUGAUGUUUAUCGAGUUCAUUGGUCAAUAUUUGACCCAUUCUUAUUUCAAUUUCUCCUUUUAAAUAUGUAGAUGAGAGAAGAACCUCAUGAUUCUACCAAAAUUUUUAUCAACAGCUGUUUAAAGUCUUUGUAGCGUUUAAAAAAUAUAUAUAUAUACAUAACUGUUAUGUAGUUCGGAUAGCUUAGUUUUAAAAGACUGAUUAAAAAACAAAAAGAAAAAAAAAGAAGCAAUUUUGAAGCAGCCCUCCAGAAGGAGUUGGUUCUGUAUUAUUUGUAUUAAAUACGAGCUUGCGAACCAAUCAUUUUACAUCUGGUUUUUAAACCGUAAGGGCACCACGAAUGCAGUGCCAUUACUUUUUUGUUUUUUUUUUUUUUUUCUGUGUGAAACAACUUUUAUUGUGAUGUUACUUGUUAUUGUUUAAAUGUACAGAAACAAAGGGUAAAAAUGUGUUAAUAUACCUUGUUCCAUGGUGUUGUUCUUUUGGGGGGAGGGGAUGCUACUCAACACUUAAUAGAAUCACAAUGCUGUUGGGCCAGUAGUAUUUAUUGCUUUAGAGAUUGCUUGUCGUACCUGUAUGUCGUCCCGUUUUAAAUAUGUUUUCCUUUUUCUUGAAACUGUAUAAAGUUUUUUUUCCCCCUUAGCAUAAGCAUCUUAUAUAUAACAACUCAUUUGUACAAGGUUUUUAAGUUUAUAUAUAAAAUGUGUAUAUAUAUUUUUGUUUCCCUUUUUGACUUUUUUUUUUUUUUUUUUUUUUUGCUGUAUGAAACCCAGUUGUCACCAAAUGGACAUUAAUAGUUGCAUUAAGGAUCAGUAGCAUUAACAAAAGUUGCUUUAAAAGCCAUUAUGUAAAACAAGACUUGAAAAUGAGUGAGGGAAUUUUAGCGACACUGUCUGAGCAGCAGUGGGAACCAUCUUUUUCCCCUUUGAACUCCCAGUGGGAUGCCCUACCCUGCGCCCUUAGGGCCUGGACUGACCGUGUGCAGAACUUUACGUGCCAAAAUUCUCAGUGAAUUUAGCUUUCUCCCUCUUUUUGAUGCUGUAAUUUUUGUUCAUCAUGUUUUGCUGUGAUGUUACAUAGGUAGAUUUGUAUGUAGUUUUAAUGUCACCUAUAACAAAAUGUGUUUGGUAGCAGAUUGUCCAGAAAGCAUUUUAAAUGAAGAGGUAUAAACCCUUAAGGGCCAAAAUUCUGUAUAUUAGAUUACUCUUACACGAAAAACCAGCUGCCGCUUUUAUGUACACAUAUUACAUACGAGUAGGCAGCAGACUUUAAAACUAAAAAAAACCUAGGCAUGUUGAUGUUGCAGACUGCUGUAUAAAGCUGAAACCUGUUCAUUCAGUGCCAUUGUAGUUGACAUGAAGCGAUUGUAAACCUGUCUCCGAUUUUUCUCGGGUUUAUUAAAAUGCUAACUAUAACAUUUUUUUGUGAAUACUUUGAAUGUUUCCUAACAGUUGUGAUGUUACUGUUCCGUUUUAUGCUCUUAUUCCAAGUUCAUUUUUAAUGGUUUGGAAGCCAUUUUUGUAAUGAAUAAAUGUUCAUGCUGUACAGUAUCUGUAGCAUGCCGUUCUGGAUUAAUAAAAGCAACUUAGUCUGUGCAGAUAAA